AUGACGCUUUGUCGAUCGGGCGAACAUACACUCUGGUUUCAAAUAAGCAGUUAUCCAGGCAUCGGAAGUCCGGUUGUUCCUGGACAUCUAUUGAUACAACGGGAAGCAGUGUUUCUUGGAGCUCCUGCGCCAUCGGCAUAUGCUCAUACUUUGCGACAAGGCAAGCUCGCAAACAUGCACUGUUAA